CCUCCCUCCCCUCCCCCAGCCCGGGCUCCGGCCUUGGGGACAAGUCCCAGGCUGGAAGCAGGGGAGCCUGGAAGGGGGGUACGGCCAUGGAGGGGGGCUCGAGCCGGGGGGGCCCGGAGGAGGAGGAGGCGCAGGGCCCCGCCGCCCCCAACCCCUUCGUGCACGAGCUGCGGCUCAGCCGCCUGCAGAAAGUCAAGUUCUACGUGCUGGGGGUCGUCCUGGCCCCGAUCCGCGUCGCGUUGGCCUUCUUGGUCCUGUUCCUCAUGUGGCCGUUUGCCCUGCUCCAAGUGGUGGGCCUGCCGGAGGAGGUGCUGCAGGAGCCAUGCUCAGGGUGGAGAAACACAGUUUCCCACGGUUUGGUGUACUUCCUGAGUCGCCUGAUGUUCUUCCUGCUCGGUUUCAUGCGGAUACGGGUGCGGGGACAGAGGGCGUCGCGGCUCGAAGCCCCGAUCCUGGUGGCGGCUCCUCACUCGACCUUCUUUGACCCCAUCAUCCUGCUGCCCUGCGACCUCCCCAAGGUGGUCUCUCGCACCGAGAACCUCCACGUGCCAGUCAUUGGAGCCCUGCUGCGGUUCAACCAGGCCAUCCUGGUCUCCCGCCACGACCCGGCCUCUCGCAAGAAGGUGGUGGAGGAAGUGAAGAAACGGGCCACUUCCCAGGGAAAAUGGCCGCAGGUUCUUUUCUUCCCAGAGGGAACCUGCUCAAACAAAAAAGCCUUACUCAAGUUUAAACCAGGUGCCUUUAUAUCUGGUGUCCCCAUCCAGCCGGUCCUCAUUCGAUACCCCAACCCUCUGGAUUCAACAACCUGGGCAUGGAGAGGACCUGGAGUGUUAAAAGUCAUCUGGUUAACAGCAACUCAACCCUACACUACUGUGGAAGUGGAGUUCCUCCCAGUUUAUCAGCCCAGCGCCGAAGAGGCCGUGAACCCCACGCUCUAUGCUAACAACGUCCAGAAAGUGAUGGCCAAGGCCUUGGGGAUCCCAGCCACGGAGUGCGAAUUUGUGGGCAACCUUCCAGUCACCAUGGUGGGGCGCCUGAGGGUGGCUCUGGAACCGCGCAUCUGGGAAUUGGGCAAGGUGCUCCGAAAGACCAGGUGCCUGACGGAGGGGACACAGUGCCAUCUGGAUUCACUGCCGGUUGGCACGUCGGGGCGGCUAGGGCCAAAGUUGCUGGCUGACUGGCUGGGGGUGGACUGCCCGGAGGUGGUUGAAGGGUUCCACGUCUAUUUCCAACAGGACGCUGAAGGCAACAUGGACUCCCGGGAAGUGGCCCUAGCCCUGGAGGUCUUGGAGGGCGAGCACGACCCACAGGAACUGACGCGUCAUGCCUUUGAGCUAUUCUCAGAGGUGGAUGCUGGGCCAGGGGGCCACCGGCUGCGCCAGGAUGGCUUCUGCGCCAUUUUGCGCCUCCUGCUGGGGACGCCGAACGCGGAUGGGGCUGGACUCUAUAGCCGGCUCUGUGCCGGGGAUUGCAGCCAGGACGGACUGACCCUUGAUGAAUUCCAGGAUUUCUCUCUCCGCCACCCUGACUAUGCUCGCCUGUUCAGCACGUACCUGCGCCCCCCCGUGGCCUGCUCUCUCUCCAAGCCUGGCCUCCCGCCCUCCUAUGCUAAUGGUGUCCCUGCAGCCCCUCCCAAGAGCAAGGCAGACUGAAACCCCCAAACCUCUUUAGCCAUGUGUAUACAACAAAACACACACCUACACACACACAAACAAACACACACAGCCAUGCCACACCCUUGGCCACGCAAAACCCCGCCCCUCCUGCUCGUUUGCUCGGUCCCUGCCGCCGUGGUGGUGAGGCGGAGGGGGCGGAGACACCCCCAUCUCAGGGCAACCGUAACCGGGGAAACACAGCCGCAAGUUCUUUGGGGAUUGGGGCUUCUCUCCGUUUCUUUUAAUUUUUUUUAUUAUUUUUGUUAUGUUUUAAUUAUAUCAUUUAUUUUACGUUGUUGAUUAUAAUUAUUAUUAUUAUUAUUGUUAUUAUUAUUAUUAUUGUCAAGGGGAAGGAAGAAUGGAAGGAUGAGAUGCCGUUGCUUUCUGUUUAAUUUUUUGUUUUGUAAAAUAUAAAGAAGUGCUAUUUUAUAUAUAAAAUAAAUAUCUAUAUCUCUAUAAUAA